GUGACACUUCGGAUCACAUAGUCACCGAGGCGUGUCAUGGGCGCUGCGUUUUUAUUGGGCAUCUUUUCUUCCAGCAUCCAACUUCCUCAACUGCAGCCUGUCCGCGGCGCAUCUGGACGUUUACGCACACAAACAGUCAGAUCACGUUGGAACAAGCAAAGCUGUAAGAUCAGGAAGUGCACAGCUGUCCCUAUAGGGUCUGAGACUGGUGCUAAUAUUGUUCACCAUGUCUAAUGAGCACACACCGCUGCUCACCUCUGGGGUGUGUGGCUUGGCUACAGCGACCUGCGGCAUGGCCCCUGAGACUUCCCCUGAGUCCAGUCCUCAGUCCAGCCCUGCUCCACCUAGUGGAGACCCACGAAGACUCAACACUUUCUUUGGAGUCAUGGUUCCAACUAUCCUGUCCAUGUUUAGCAUCGUGCUGUUCCUCCGAACUGGGUUUGUGGUUGGUCAUGCGGGGUUGCUGCAAGGUCUGUUAAUGGUAGUUGUAGCCUACACCAUCAUCUCUCUCACGAUCCUGUCCAUCUGUGCCAUCUCCACCAAUGGAGCCGUAAAAGGCGGAGGAGCGUACUACAUGAUCAGUCGAUCACUGGGCCCAGAGUUUGGUGGCAGCAUUGGUCUGAUGUUUUUUCUCGCUAAAGUUUGUGCUUGUGGAGAAUAUGUUCUUGGUCUUGUAGAAGCUAUUUUGGACGUGUUUGGAUCUGACCCAGACUCCACAGUUUCAGAGGGUGUGCGGGUGCUGCCUCAGGGGUACUGGUACACGGUCCUGUACUCCUCUGUGAUCCUGCUGCUUUGUCUGAUUGUGUGUCUUGUGGGAGCACACAUCUAUUCACGCACAGCCUUUGUCAUCCUCAUCGUGGUCACUGUUUCUUUACUGUCCGUGUUCAUCAGCUCUGUAGCUGUCAUACCUAAGAGCUUCAACAUCACACACCCGGGCCCAGGCAACAUGACCCAGCACUUUAAUGCUAGCUACACAGGCUACAGUGCUAAGACGCUCCGGGACAACAUCUACUCUGGAUAUUCAUUGGAUUACAGCACCAACUCGAUCAUGUCCUUUGCUACAGUUUUUGCAGUCAUGUUCACAAGUUGUACAGGAAUCAUGGCUGGUGCCAAUAUGUCUGGUGAGCUGAAGACUCCAAGUGUUUCCAUUCCCAGGGGCACCAUUGUGGCCGUCCUCUACACAUUCACAGUCUAUGUGCUGCUCUUUAUGAUGGUUGCUGCCACGUGUGACAGGACUUUGUUGAUUCAAGAUUAUGGGUUCCUACAGAAGAUAAACCUCUGGCCACCCUUUGUGACCAUUGGCAUUUACUGCGCCUCUCUGUCUGCUGCUAUGUGUGCUAUGAUCGGAGCAUCACGUAUACUCCAUGCUCUCGCUGUGGAUCAUCUCUUUGGUUUACCUUUAGCCCCAGCUGCUGUGAAGUCCAGCUCAGGGAACCCAUGGGUGGCAGUGCUGUACACUUGGGCUCUGGCACAGAGUGUGGUGUUUGCAGGUCAGCUGAAUGCCAUAGCCAGUCUGGUGACAGUUUUCUACCUUCUGGCCUUUGCUGCAGUGGACCUGGCUUGUUUGGCUCUUGAGUGGGCAUCAGCUCCAAACUUCAGACCCACAUUUCAGUACUUUUCAUGGCACACUUGUCUGCUGGGCAUCCUGAGCUGCCUCGUCAUGAUGUUUGUCAUAAACCCUGUGUAUUCAUCAGGCAGCAUCGUUCUGCUGUUGAUUUUACUGCUCUUCCUGCACUACCGGUCCCCCACCAGCAGCUGGGGCUACAUCAGCCAGGCCCUCAUCUUCCACCAGGUUCGUAAGUAUCUGCUGAUGCUGGAUGUGAGGAAAGACCAUGUGAAGUUCUGGAGGCCCCAGGUUCUGCUGAUGGUGGCCAACCCACGCUCAUCUUGUCAGCUCAUCCUGUUUGUGAACCAGCUGAAGAAGGGAGGACUGUAUGUGUUGGGUCAUGUGCAGCUGGGAGAUCUGGACUCGCUGCCAUCAGAUCCAGUGCAGCAGCAGUACAACUUCUGGCUCAGUCUUGUGGAUAAACUCGGAGUCAAAGCUUUUGUAGACCUGACCCUGUCUCCGUCUGUCCGGCAAGGAACACAGCACCUCUUGCGCAUCACAGGACUCGGGGGGAUGAAGCCCAACACCCUGAUCCUGGGUUUCUAUGACAGCUGUAUUCCUGAAGACUUCUUCCUGCAGGACUCAGCCUUCUGCAGUGCCUCUACGGGACAGGGCACUGAGGAGGAGGAGGAGUAUAACUUUGGGGUGGACCUGCCCUCACUGCAGGCUCAUUUUCCCCCAGUGCGACACGUGGAGAGCCCCCGCUGGCUCUCCUCAGAGGAGUAUGUGGGCAUUAUCUCAGACGCUUUAAAGAUGAACAAGAACGUGUGUCUAGGUCGAUACUUCUUCCAGUUGGAGGGUGAGGAGAAAGACAGUAAAGUGGAUGGAUCUAACCGCACCAUUGACGUGUGGCCUCUCAAUCUGCUGCAGCCUGACAGCUGUGACUAUGAGGACGUGUGCAGUCUGUUUCUGCUACAAAUGGCCUGUGUGUUAAACAUGUCCAGUAGGUGGCGCCAUGCUCGAAUGAGGAUCUUCCUGAAUGUGGAGACCAAGUCGGGCAGUCAGGGCUGGGUGGUGAAUGAGGAGACUUUUCGGGAGCUGCUGAAAAAACUAAGAAUCAGAGCCUCAAUUAAGAUUGUCCCGUGGGACUCAGUAGUGCAACAUGCACAGUCUCUGUCUGAGGACUUUCUGACUGCUGUCAACAGCAUGCUCAUAGAGCACAGCUUACAGGCUGCGGUGCGCUUCCUGUACCUGCCCCGCCCCCCGGCCCACCCCAGCCAGUCCCAGCAAUAUAUCAGUCAGCUGGAGGCUGUUACCAACCGCUUAGGGCCAACGCUACUGAUCCACGGUGUUACCCCAGUCACAUACACGGACCUCUGAGAAAUGUCCUCCUUCAAUGUAAUAGGUGCCAAAGAGGCACCUGUCAAUCUCCUACAAUGAUGUGGACUUUAAUAUUCAACCACUUUAAACAAAUAGGAUAUGUCCUAAUUUCAUAUACUUGAAAUGUCUUGGUUUCACACCAAGAAUUAACGUGUAUAUUGUAUAGACUAAUAUAUAAAUGACAACAUUCAGGGCAGUGCCAAAGUCUUUUUAAGGUAAGAAGUAAGGUAUGCUACUCAUUCCUUUUAAACUGAUGUAACCGUUAUUAAAACAUAAUUGUGUUUGAUUAAAAGGGAAACACUUGACAAAGGAGCAAGCAGUUGAAAGAAAUAAUGUCCACGUUAAUGAUUAUUCAGCAUUCAUUGUUAAUAAUUAUUCAUCCUUUUCCAGAAUCUUCUGUUUGUUAUUUUCACAUGGGCUUACGUCUGAGGUUUUUCUUAACUGUCGGAUGAAGAAGGAGGACAUCCUCAACCAGUCAGGCAGCAGAACAGUGAGAGUCAGACUCUACAAAACAUA